CUCGCGAUUGAAACAGUUUUAAAUUUUAUUUCAACCUUCACGGGCAAAAUGCGUGCGGAUCGGUUCUCUGGAGAACAUAUUUGCAGGCGUUUUAUAACCGCAUUUUGAGCUAUAAUAUUUGCGGUAAGGUCAUUUCCUAUUCGGAAUCGACCUUUCCGGAGAGUGGGUGAUUUAGUCAACACUCCAGUUCUACCAAAACACCUGAUGCUAAAAACUUCCCGGAGACUAGACGCUCAUUUUGUAAAGACGUCAAGCCAAGCUCGAUUCGAGGAUUUGAAAUAUGGGCAAGAAGCACCUCGUAACAUAGAGGCUAUGAACGCUCUAGAGAUUAUCAUUACCGUUUUACUUCUCUGCCUCUUGGCGCUGGGCGUGUACUUGGCUACUUUCUGGACAAUCUCAAGGAGGAAGAAAGAAAAGCAUGAAGGUGGCCGUGGGGAGGUGCCGUAUAAGUAUCUGGAAGAGGAGGCCGAGAAUGCCCGGAGGAAAGUGGCAACUGCUUACGCACAGGAGACUAUGCCAAAAAUAACCAUUACACCAGUACAACCAAGGCCUAACUUCCCAAGGAGUUUAUUAUCGUCAGACGAAUUACUUUCAACGGAAGACGAGGGAGAAGAGGAGCCUCACAGUGAUGAGCACGUGGAUUUAGGAAGACUUUAUUUCGCACUUAGAUACGAUCAACACAGUUCUAUGUUGAUCGUACGUCUUAUCAGAGCUGAGGACAUCCCCAUGGAACGAGAAUCCACUGGUACCUACGUAGAUGUCAACAUCCUUCCUCUGAAUCUGCAGAGCCACACGUUUGAGCCCAGCGACACUACAAUUAACAUCAAUUUUAGAGAGGUUUAUGAGUUUCCGCUGUCAUUGGUGGACCUGGCACUGCAGACACUCAACUUGCACAUUUUUCGAUAUGACAACUUUUCCCGCCGCACAUCUGUUGGCGACGUAUUUCUGGCUCUAGCUGAAUUAAGUGCGCAGGGGAUUGAUUUCACCCGAGAAGUGUUUCUUUGUAGAAAUAUAAUCAGCCAUCACGAGAUCUACCGUACACUGGAUAAAGGAAAACACAGGCACCCUACUGAUAAGGAACAGGAAGACAACGAAAUGGUACCGGAAUCAAAAUUGACAGAGAAAAAGGUGGGAAGAAAAGUCAGUUCUCAGAGAAUGUGGGAUGUUCUACGAAGGGCUGUUAUGUCCGGCUCUUACAAAGGAGACAUUUUAGCAUCUGAUUCUGCCAUGUACUGGGAGUCGGUCUUCACGCCUGAUGUCUCAAGUGCGGCGAGUAGCCCUCUUAAAUCACCAGGGUUCACAUACUUCUCAGACCCAGGCCCUCUUGAUGAACCACUCGAUGAGAGCAGUGAAGAGGAAGGUACAUCGUGGAAAGGAAGGGAGGAAGCUGCCAUUGAUUCACCUGUAGAUGAAUCUGAUUUCGAUUCAUCUGCAAAUGAACAAGGUGACGAGAGACGCAAGGACAGUUCCCAGUCUCCUCCGAUCAGGCAUGUGCAACUCUCCCCAGCACCUGAAGAGUACUAUCGCAUAGUUCCCAUUACACCUUUUACCACCCCCUCUAAGGAAAGAAGAGAAUCAGCCGAACGGUCUUAUUCCUGGAAACUACCUCAAACGUACACAUCUCGUGAUCAUGAUGUAGUACAGACUCUUUCCCAGGCCUACAAAGAGCCUCGGGUAGUUCCUUUUACUGCUGUUUCUCAAUUUGAACCGGGACCCCAGCCCAGUAAAUCCGUUUCCUUUCAAUUCUCUCCGGCUAGAGAUAGAAGUGGAUUAAAAGACAGUAGCUCUAGGACUUCUCGACAGAAAAAGUCAGGUGAUACCAAGAAAUUCGCAUUUCGAGGAACUAAAAAAACUGGCACAUCCCGACGUAGACGGAGAUUGUCCCCCAGAAAAGAGCCCGAUGGUGAGCCCGAUGGUGAGCCCGCCGAGAAAAUGGUCAGCGCGGUAAGAGGAAAAUCUAAGCUUGUAGUCACAAAGUUACGGUCCAAGUCUUCGCUGAAAAGUGACAAAAUGACUCACCAGCGAGAAGAAAUAGAACCUUACGAAGAUUUAUCGUUUGAAACAGCUGAGGAUGAUUCUCUUUUGGGGGAUUCUUCAAGAUUAUCAGAAGAUGUCACCGAACAGCUGGAAUUUGAACUUGAUCCUCCACUGAGUCUUCCAAUGAACUUCCCAUCGAUCUCGACAGAAGACUAUCGAACUCCGCCGAUAUCCACAUUUAGCAAUUUUUAUUCGAUUACCCGAUCACAAUCCGAUCCGAACGUCGAUGCCGAACGAUUCCGAAGAUUAGCAGGAUCAUCCUCGGAAUACCGACGAGUUCGUUCAAUGUUGGAAGUACACGAUGAUAGGACGACAGAUGAUGAAGAAAAAUGAAAUCAAAUGGUUGACAUGGUUACCAUAGAGAUGUAGUUUUUAUCAAAUUAAUAUGGUGGAGUUAUUCUUCAAUCUACGGUAGUUUUUCAGUUAAAGAAACGCCAGUGCCUAUUGACGAAGAAUACAUAUUUAAAGUGCAAAAUUAUGAGAGACUUGAUUUAAGUUUAAAAGCAUUGCUAAAUCGUACAAGCCGUUAAGGCUUCAGAAAAAAAGUUUUCAUCUUCAACACAUCUUGAAGAAUAGUUACAAUCAGCGACAAAAUUAUUGACACAUUGACCUUUUCAACCUCUAUAGGCAACAUUGAAUGAGGACGGGGGGCCUUGUUAAUGAUUUAGAGUGUGGUAGAAACAGGAGUGUUAUUCUACAAAUGAAUAGGACUCUUCAAAACAUGAUGUGUCGACUAAUUUUGUCGCUGAUUGUAGGAACGAGUUUUCUUCGAAUAGAAUUUAACAAGAAAUUUUAAGUUGAAUAUAUUCCAUUUUCCAAAGCUUUUGUCUUUGCUGAAUUCACGAGGAAAGCUAGAGCACCCAAUGCGAGAAGAAAAGAAUCGUUACGUUCCAAACGGUUUUCUAAAUGUGCUUCCCGAAAAUAUCAAAAAAACUAUUUUCAAUUUCUGGAAUAAAUUAUAGGAAUUUUGAAAUUCAAUUUAUACGAGUGAAUUUCACCACGUAGAUUAGAGAUAUUUACUUUGUGAAAUAUGAGAUCAUUCAUAGGGACAGCAGGGUGGAGUAUGUAAGGUUUAUUUCUGUCGAUAAAAUUCCUGUAUGGAACAUUUUUUUAAA